CGCCUGGCGUCGGGGCUGCAGGAAGGAUGCGAAGCCUGAGCUUGGUGUGGCUGCUGGGGGGCGCCAUCCUGCUGGCGGCCUCUGCUUCCUGCAAUCGCACCGUCCAAGCUAUACAAGCAUCCAUUGCAUUCGUUUAACUAGUCUGCUCUGUUUACUCCCUUGACCUUGCUCUUGGCCCUGCUAAGGAGUCUACAGGUUUGAGCCAGGGUUUCUUCUUUGCUCCUCUAUUUUUAAAGCUCUUCCCACGCACCAACUUCCUAGCACCUGAAUGUGAGUUCUACCCAUAUUCCCCACAGGGAGGGUACUGAAGGCUUCCUCUUUGCCUCUCAUUGGCCUUCUCAUCUAACGCUCACUGGGCGCCCGCCCUACCUUGAGGGCCCUCGGGGCAACAGAGCACACCUGUUCCUUCUGAUGAUUAAAAACAGACCCAGAGGCCCUUCCAUUUGAACCUCUCCUUGCUGGUAACUUUUGUCUUCUGGGGAACAGGCGUGCCUAGGUGGAACCCGGAUUUAAAGAGUAGAGUUUAAUGAUAAACACCUGUUGCCGAGUUGUGCCCUGGGGGAACAGGUACGAAAUUGGGUAUUUUCUUCACCUUCUAUUUAUUUUUAAUCUACGUUUGAUUUAUUUUUUUUAAAUCUGUGUUUUACUAUCGACCCAAUUUGUGUCUGAUUGCUAACUUGUGAACCCACUGGAACUGCUAGCUUUGGGGGGAGUGGAGAUUGGAGAGGAGCAAACUCACCUGCACAGGUCUCCUCGCAGCCUGCCCCAGAUGCACAGACGCUUUAACUGAAGAGCAUUACGGCCUAGCGAGCGUCCUCCGUGGCGCGGGAGGAUUGGGGGAGGCAGUAUUCUGUUCUCAUGCAUGGGUUGAGGCUUCCCCAUCUGCUUCUUUUGAACAAGUGGUUUUUUUUCCCCCAAGUGUGGUGGCCAGUCUCUGGAAGUGAUCAGGUUGACAUGCCCACUCAGCUGGAGAUUGCCAUGAACAUCAUGAUUAGAAUCUUCCACCAGUACUCCUGCAAGGAGGGGGACAGAUUCAAGCUCAACAAGGGGGAACUGAAAAUGCUCCUGCAGCAAGAGCUCACGGAAUUCCUCUCGUGCCGGAAGGAUCCCCAGUUGGUUGAUAAGAUAAUGCAGGAUCUGGAUGCCAAUAAGGACAACGAAGUGGAUUUUAAUGAAUUCGUGGUCAUGGUGGCAGCUCUGACAGUUGCUUGUAACGAUUACUUUGUGGAACAACUGAAGAAGAAAGGAAAGUAAAGAUAAGUAGUAAGCUGACCUAAGGGCAGAAAUCUAUCCAUGGUUAUUUGCUUCCUGUUUAUCUGCAGUCUUCAGACCUAUAGUUAUAGUAAUGCCAUUAAUAGAAAUAAUAUACAUAUAACUAAUUGCUAGCAUUAUUAAAUGGUGUGUACCUGAAUAUAUUGAUUUAAAUAUUCCAAAUCUUAUAGGCGUGCUCGAAAUCUUCCUGUCCCAUUAAGGACAUUGUAUGCCUUUUUGUGUCUGUCAAAGAGCAAGGGUCACAAAAUUUCACCACUUCCAAAUGAGACGAAAGCUUAGCACACUUCUAAGAGACACUUCUCACCCUGAAAUUGUAUCUGGAACUUCUUAUCCCAUGAAUGAAAAGAGGUGGCUCUCCCACCCUCUGGUGAUUCUGCUUCACAGGGAAGAAGCUGCGCAGGUCUGUAAGCAGAAAGGCUGAUAAACAGAAGGGCUGGCUUUGUCAGUGAGAUAGGUCAGGAGAGGGCGCCAUAUUCAGAGCUAGGUAUUCAAGCCACAAGAGCUGAAGCCAGCAGCUCUUGAAGGCUGGUGUGUAAGUAGCUUCCUUUGCUCCUUGGGUCCCCUAAUUCUGGGGCACGUAUUUUAUACCACUUCCCAGGGCUUCCCCUGGGGCUAAGCUUCAGUUGCCUGCCCUGGGAGGCUGGCUUGAUAUCACACCUUCUCUGGCCUACCUCCUUUUCUUUGUCUCACCACACACGCCCACCCUGUGUCUCUGCCCCUCUCAAAUAGCUGACUCGCAUGCAAAUCCUUGACUCACCAUCUGCCCGGGGCAACCUAGACUGUGGCAGAUCCCUCGGAGAAUUUUAGAAAGAAAAUGGUGGGUUGUGCGUGGAAACACUUACCCUGGCUGCUGUUUGAAGAAAGGGCUACAGAGAGGGCCAGUGUGGAAGAGAGAGACUAGUUAGGAGGCCCUUCUUUGUUCUGAGUGAGAGACGAUGGUGUCCCAGGUCAGGAUUCAAGCAAUGGAGAUCAAUUUGUUAAGUGUUUUGGAUGUGGGAGUGGUAGGACGUGCCAAUGGACUGGUGAGGAAGGGUCAGAAAAGAGAGCACCGCGGGGCAAUAGAGCACUCACUGCUCUUGCCUAUCCUAUGAAUGUUCUCCUUUUCUUCCAUGUAUUAGGGCCCUGAUUUGUGUGGGCUAGUAAUCAAUGUUCCCAGCUAAAAAAGCUGUAUUUUCCAGUCUCCCUUGCAGCUGAGGUGGAGCUUGUAACACAGUUGUGGACAAUGGGACUCCAGCAGAAGUCUCCUGGGAAUUUUGCUAUUUCCAUACAGGUUCUAUACCUUCACCUUGUGAAUUCGUUCCUUGUCUUUCCGUUGGAAUGUAGAUGUGAGGCUGGAAGUGAGGCUGCCAGCUUGCAACCAUGAGGAUAGUGAAGAAAAAGAUAGAAGGAGUUGGGACGUUGUUGUCAUUGAGGAGGCACUGCACAGCCCUGGUCUGCCUGUCUCUGGUCCUCCUAUUGUGUGAAAAAAGAAUGACUGUUCUCUGGUUAAGCCGAAUUCUGUACAUGCAGCCAAACAUAGUCUCUAAUGUUUAGAUUUUUGGUCAAGCAAAUGAUGCGAUUUACUAAAUGGGAAAGACUGAGAGAGGAACAGCUUUAGUGUGGGGACAUUGGGGAGAAUAGCUCCAUUUAUUUAUUUAUUUUUAUUUUAUUUUAUUUAUUUAAUUUUUUUUCAAUAUAUGAAAUUUAUUGUCAAAUUGGUUUCCAUACAACACCCAGUGCUCAUCCCAAAAGGUGCCCUCCUCAAUACCCAUCACCCACCCUCCCCUUCCUCCCACCCAAAUAGCUCCAUUUAAAAUGCCUACUGGACAUCUAAGUGGAGAUAUUACAUGGGCAAUUGGAUAGAUGAUCCAGUCCAGAGCUCAGGGUAAGGAGUGGAAUUAGAGAUCCAUAUUUGGAAGUCAUUGGCAUCUAGAUGAUAUUAAGCCAUGGGCCUAGAGAUCACUUAGGAUGAGAAUGUAGGGAGGGAAGAAGAAAUAUCCAACAGUUAGCUGUCAGGAAAAAGAGAAACCUGCAAAUCAUACAGCAGAGGCAUGGCCAGGAAGACAGAAGGAAAACCAGGAGAGUAUGGUGCCUCAGAAGACUGGAGAAGAAAGUAUUUGAAGAAGGAAAGAGGGCAAAUCCACUGAGAGGAGAAGUUAAGAUGACAGUGGAGAACUAGCCACUACAUUUGCCAUGGUAGAGAUGAUCAAAGACAUCAAUGACCCUGGUGAGAGUGAUUUUGCUUGCAAAAGUAUCUAUGUCCCAGUCUGGCAGACAGUAGACACUCAAUAAAUAUCUGUUAAGUAAAUGAAA